AACAACUUCGUUGUUUAAGUCAAGCUAAAAAAAGAGAAAUUGAGAGUUAUGAGGUUCAAAUUCGCUUCCGAAAGCUUCCGAAAGCUUUAAUAAGUCUUGGCCUUGAUAAUGAACAAAGGACUUAG